AUGACAAAUUAUCUUAUGUUUCAGAUGGUGAUGCUUACUGUGUAUGCGUUCUUAUACGGGAGAUUAUAUCUCUGUUUAAGUGGAUUAGAAAAAGCGAUUAUGAAAUCACCAAAUAUGCAAGGAGAUAAAGCUUUGAAAGCAGCCAUGGCUUCUCAAUCUGUAGUUCAACUUGGUCUUUUAAUGGCGUUACCGAUGAUUAUGGAGAUCGGACUCGAAAGAGGCUUCAGAACUACACUCGGUGACCUAAUAAUCAUGAACCUCCAGCUCUCCACUGUCUUCUUCACCUUCUCUCUUGGAAUCGGUGUUCUGGCGAACAAAAGCUUGGAAUCGUGGUGGGAGGAAGAACAGGACCACCUCCGAGCCACCGGUACAGUCGGUCGUCUGACGGAAAUCCUCCUUUCUCUCCGAUUCUUCAUUUACCAAUACAGUAUCGUGACGAUGGCUUAG